CAUCCUUAAUUUCUUUUGUGGAGCUCGUUCACUCUUGUUAGGGAAAAAAAAAACUGUUGUAAUAUAUACAAAUUAUGGCAAAAAGGAACGAAAAGGACAUGUAAGUAGGAAUGUUUUUGAAGAGAGAGUUGAUGUGUGAUCUAAAAAACUGUAAUAUUAAAAAGUGAUAAUGACCUCGCAGAAAGAUUUAACAAAGUCUUUGCCACUCAAGCUAUCGCAGCACGAAACGACUAUCAAAUACCAACCAACUUGGACGAAAAGGAUAUUGCACAAGAGGUAAGAAUGAUUCUUGGGAAAAAAAAAAUUAAUCAAAAGGGGAAAAGAUUGAGAAAAUGCUGUAUGAGACUGAUGACGAAGAGGAUGCGAUUGAUGAUUAUAUCUAUGGUGUCCUCACUCAAUCUGAACCACAAUCACAACAAGGGCCCAUACAGCAAAAGAUGAAGCAGAUUGAGGAUAUACUUCUGGGUCCAGACAAUCUCAUUGGAUCGGAUGAGAGCGAUGCCUUGAUAAAAAAAGCCAUAGAAGAAAAUAGACUAGAUGAAAAAUACCAGCAAUUUACAGCCAAACGAGAUACAGAGUUACAAGAAAGACUAAAGAAUAUUCAGAAUUAUGUCCCUUCAAGUAGUACGUCGUGUAGUGCAGCUAUUGGUGAUAAACCAGUUGGACCUGUUCCCAAAGCUAUCUCAACUGAAGACUUGUAUGAUGAAACAGAUGAUUGGUGCUGUGUAUGCAAUGAGGAUGCUACUAUAGAAUGUGAAGGAUGUGAAGAUGACAACAAGUACUGUACCGAGUGCUUCUUUCAAACACAUCGUAGUGAAUUUGCAGACUAUGAAGCAACUAGGCAUAAAAGCAAAAAAUACCAAAAGAGAGCAUAAAGAGGCAAUUGAACACGUUUUGACUAUUAAAGUAAUAAAAGCAAUCGUCGUCCUCUAGUGUUUCACGUCAAGAUAUCCUAACAUGAUGGGGGUGAAAGAGCAUCCAGACAAAAAAAUAUAUAUAGUUACAUCAGUGUAACCUGUUGACUAUGCUGUAAAGCUACUUGCUUGAUCUCCCGCUCGGAAUAACGACCGAUCACGACUUUUCUAAAGUUGCCAGGCAUAAAUUUAUGCAAACUGUAUUUGUUGCGUAAUGACCACAGUCAUAUUGCUUUGAAUAAAAAAAAAAACGAUGUGAAAAUAAGCUCUGUAUCACUUGAUAACCAUCCUCCAAG